AUGCCUUCCAAAUCCUCCAAGUCCUCCAGCUCCGGCUGCCGCUGUCGCUGCUUUUCCUUGAAGACCCUGAGCUACAUCGCCAUCUUCCUGGCUUUGUUCUCUGCCGUCUACCGAUUCCUCGAUGCGCGCCUCGAGCAAUUCUACAUCUUCGACCCUGAGCACCUGCACGAUGUGUCCCAGCGCGCCAUCAGCGCCCACGGUGAUGACACUCGCUCCGUUGUCAACUUCAUUGUUGCCGAGUUGGAGCAGAAGGUCGGCCCCAAUUACCUGAGCACCCAGGAGGAGUGGGUAUUCAACAACGCCGGCGGCGCUAUGGGUGCCAUGUACGUGAUCCACGCCAGUAUCACUGAGUACCUGAUCGUCUUCGGCACCGCUAUCGGAACCGAAGGCCAUACCGGCCGCCACACCGCCGACGACUACUUCCACAUUCUCCACGGCACCCAGCUCGCCUAUGUCCCCGGCGAGUAUAAGCCCGAGGUCUACAAUACUGGCAGCGUGCACCACCUGGUCCGCGGCGAGGUCAAGCAGUACAAGAUGGACGAGGCUUGCUUCGCGCUCGAGUACGCCCGUGGCUGGAUCCCUCCCAUGCUCUUCUUCGGUUAUGCCGAUACCUUCUCCAGCACCCUGGACUUCCCGACGCUGUGGGCUACCACACGCAUCACUGCCCGUGAGAUGGUCGGUAACUUGAUGCAGUUCAAGCUGUAA